UUGCUGAUUUUAGUGCACAAGCAGUGGUAAACACAAUAUUAUAUGAAUCUUUUCCAAAUGAUCCCAUUGUUGGAGAAGAAGACUCGGGAAGUUUACGUGGUGAUAACAGAAAGGAACUGAGAAAUAAAGUCUUAUCAUUGUUUAACACUGUUGUAGAUACUCCUUUGGGCGAUAAUGUAGGUUUGAUAUAA